AUGAUUCCAGGCUUGGCGCCCGAGCUGUGGUACUACUGGCAGAUGUACCCGUACAUAUUCGGCGAGGUCACAUGUCGUCUCACCAACUUCCUAAGAGCCACGGGCACCUGGGCUUCAUCGCUAACUGUAGUAGCGUUUUCCAUAGAGCGUUACGCAGCGAUCUGCCAUCACAGUCCCUCCCGUUCGCGGGACCGUAGGCAAGUUGCGAUGGCGAUACUCGCCAUUUGGAGCGUCAGCGUCGCGACUGCGCUGCCAGCGAUGCAUGUGCACCAUGUUGUGAAAAACCCCGUGGUAGUGUAUCCAGGAACAGGAAAGGUUCCGUCACUCACCCAGCUGUGCCGGGUCCCUGAAGACCGCCAGUACAAAUAUUACAACCACCUGUACGCCACCACCUGCGCGCUGUUCUUCUUCAUACCUAUGGCUGUUCUCGUGUUGGUGUAUAUUAAAAUUGCAGUGUUUAUAAGAUCGCAUAGACAACAGGCGAGAAACAACGGCAUCAGAAGCAACUGCUCUGAGGACAAUAAAAUAUUCAAAGUUUUAGUGGCAGUGGUGCUUGCGUUCUUCAUGUGUGGCGCUCCGUACCACUACCAACGCCUAACUACAAUAUACAGUGAACCGGACGAGUACCCGGAGUAUCACAGGAAGGUGUUCGUGCUCACGGCGCUGUUUUACUACGUGUCGGCCACAGUCAAUCCCAUUCUCUACAAUGCUAUGAGCAAAAGGUAUCGAAAAGCAUUCAAGGAAGUCAUUACCAGGACAAGAAGACAACAAAAUGUUCCAAUGACUAGUGUAGCCAAGGAAACCAGCAAAAAAUAUAAUACGACCAUCGCUGAUUCUUACACCGCAGUAGCUACUUAAUAUUCGCGAAUCAUCGGCCAUUCUUAGAAGAUAAGAUAAAAAUAAGAUAAAGAUACAAUGCGCUUAUAAACGCCAAAUAAAGCUACACCGGCUCCAACCC